UAUAAAACCCUUUCUCUGCCCUUCCCCACAUAACUUGUCCCUUUUGUCCCUAUUCACCCCCAUUUUCUCAUCCAUAUUCACAACUCUCUCCACCUUCCUUCUUCUUCUUCUUCUUCUUCUUCUUCUUCUUCUUCUUCUUCUACACAGUUCAUGGCUUCCAGAGCUAGAAAGAAGCAGCAGAGAUGGUGCACACAGCCUCUAACUCCUCUAAUGGAGGGCCCAGAUCCUGAAAUGCAAGAAGAAGGAACCAAGAAGGAGAGUUCCUGGGAGGUCAUCAGAGAAUGGUUCCGCCUGCAGAAGGGUGGCGGCCUUGGGGUUCAUGGAAGCAGUAGCUUCUCCCUCUCUUUAUAUGGAAACAUCCCCGCCAAAACCCAAGACUUGAGGCUUCUGCUAGGCGUCCUGGGCUGCCCUCUCGCCCCCAUCCCCCUCGCCACUGACCCACUUCACCUUCUCCAUAUCAAGGACAUCCCCAUAGAGACGUCGAGUGCCUGUUACAUCAUACAGCAGUACUUGGCGGCAACGGGGUGUCUGAAGCAAGAGAAGGGGAUGAAAAACAUGUACACCACGGGGACGAUGAAGAUGAUAUGCUGCGAAACGGAGAUAUCGACGGGGAAGAGUGUGAAGAGCUUGGGGACGAGGAGUGGGGAGAAUGGGUGCUUUGUGCUCUGGCAAAUGUCUCCCGGAAUGUGGUCUCUGGAGCUGGUGGUGGGUUGCAACAAGGUCGUCGCCGGCAGUAACGGCAAGAUCGUCUGGCGCCACACCCCUUGGCUCGGCACCCACGCCGCCAAAGGCCCCCACCGCCCUCUCCGGCGCAUCAUUCAGGGUUUGGAUCCAAAGAGCACGGCUAGCCUGUUCGCCAAAGCCCAAUGCUUGGGCGAGAAACGGAUAGGAGAAGAUGACUGCUUUGUCCUAAAGGUGGCGGCCGACCGGGCGGCAGUGAUGGAGAGAAAUGAAGGCCCUGCAGAGGUGAUAAGGCACGUACUAUAUGGAUACUUCAGCCAAAAGAGUGGCCUCCUAAUAUACCUAGAGGACUCACACCUCACAAGGGUUCAAGCUCCUGGAAAUGACACAGUCUACUGGGAGACCACCAUAGGAACCAGCCUGUGGGACUACCGGGACGUCGAUGGCGUGAUGAUCGCGCACGAGGGGCGGACCAUCGCCACGGUUUUUCGGUUUGGAGAGGUGUCCAUGCAGCAUAGCAGGACAAGGAUGGAGGAGCUGUGGGUGAUAGAUGAUGUAGUGUUCAAUGUUCCUGGCCUCUCCUUUGAUUACUUCAUUCCUCCUGCUGAUAUUUUUGAUGUUGAUAACUCACCAUGAUGGACUAACAAUAGGGUUUUUUUUUUUUUUUUUUUUUUUUGUGGGUUUAAUUUGGUUUGGGUUACACUAAUAUUGGUGGAUCAACGUUAUAACGGUGUAAUUUUCAUGGGGAUUGUGCAGUUGUUUCUAGUCAUUAAGCCAAAUGACCAAAUUAAUCAAAGAAUGCAUUUGAAGUCU